AUGGGACACCGAGAGAUCACACCGGUCCAUGUGCCGCUUCGAACAUCGAGUCGCAAACCGGCACAACACAACCCAAUGAGUACCCAGGACCAGACCCGAAUCGACCGGCGAACCUCGAAAGCCCAAAGAUUUUUUGGAACCGACAUAUCACUUCCUACGGAACAUGGCGGGUGGCAGAAGCCUCCAAAUGUACCCCGGCCGAACUUUGUGAAGCCACCCGAUAGUGCUCCUAAGCAGAACACGGGCUUCGUUCCGUUCCCGCGCUCUUCAGAAAACACACUCAUUCCCCCCGAUCAAAACCUUCGCGUACGGGCUUCCUCACCUCUGCUGGGCCAUGACUACCGAUCGCAAGAAGCCGCACCGCCGCUCCCGAAGCCGUCGAAAAAGGUUCACCAUUCUGGUUCCUCGUCCACCCUUUUCUCCUAUUUCAGCUCCAAAGAAUCCUCCAAAUCACCCAAAUCGCCCAAGAACCAACUCCAACCUAGAGUACGACAUGGACUCGGGAGUCAGCCAGAAGUGACAUACACGCAGGCUCAAGUUCCGCCGAAAGAGUCAAAGCGGAAGAUGCGUCCUCCAAAAAUCGAUCUUUCCGUCUUGUUCCCGAAGCCGCGGAGUCCCACACAACAAACACUUCUUUCCCCCCACCGAAUGGUCAACUCCCCUUCCCCCGUCUCUACAGUUGUCCCGGAUUCUUCUACCAACAAGAUUGAAAGGAUGACCGGCGGUACAAGCAAUUCUACUACGAGGAGAUACGUCGAUCCACCUCCCCCUCGUCGACCUUCGAUCACCAAAAAUGACCCACCCAAGCAUGGUGGUGAUAAUUCGGAUUUGCCUUCCAUUGCAGAGAGCAAAAAUAGCGACUGGUUGGAGCAAUCACUUGAGCGGACCGUAGGGACGAGUGAAAUUGAUUUGGCCCUGGAUCGAUAUGCGGGGCGACGAUCACUUUUGAGUCGCUCAAGCAUGUAUACUACUAGCCGCGAGAAAUUGCAGGAAGAACAGCAACGCCCCCAGGAACCUCAGAAGAGCUCAAGACGUGCUCACAGCUCCUCUCGACCUAAGGAGACGUACUUGAGUCCUUCCACAUGUCCAGACCUAAAGCGUGGUCGCGGCUUAAGCACGUCCCAGGAAUCUUGGAAGACCAAUGAGUCAAAAUCAAAGAGCGAGAAGAGCUCAUUGACCAAGAAGAGCAGCAAAAGCACCUUGAAAAACAAAGAUCUGCGAAACAUCAGUAUGCUUUGCCUCUCUUCUUCUUCCGAGGACGAAGGUGACGAGGAUCAAACUCCAACCACCGAGUCAAAGCGCAAUACGAGCAAGUCUAGAAGAGACAGUGUGGCUACUUGCGACGAAUACGAUCCCCAGGUCUACACGGCUUCCACUGCCCACGCGACCACUGCCACGGCGGCCAGACGCUUUGACCGGAAACUCUCGACUAGCACCCGUGGUUCCCGCCAAACCGAAAAUAGCCUGCCAGUGCCAGUACCUCGGCCACGAAAGGUUUCUCAAUCCUCAAAUGGCAAGUCUCAAACAACUGGACGGACCACGCAAACUCGCCGUUCGAGCGGAGUUCCCACUAUCCCGGAUGAGAUUCUGGCGCAAUUCCCCCAGCAGCCUCUCCGCUCCCCUGCAGAGUUGAAAGAGUUGAACCGGAGGAGUCGUGUGAUCGCUGUGACUCGUCAAGAGCAAGAUCUCCUCGAGGCGAUGCGUAUUCGAAAGGGCAAGGUCACACCGAGUCUGUUCAAUGCCCAUGGAGCGGACGGAAGAUCACUAGCCUCUGGCCCAUCCCGCGAUUCCUUCUGCGGAUCCGACACCUCAUUCCUGCGUCUCAGCAAUGUAUUCCCGCCAUUCGACAUCCGGUCGGAAAAAGGUGCUACCCUGUACAAAGAUGGAACGCCCUCCCAAAGCUCGGGGUCGGAUAGUGAACGGAAUCCCCGCAAUAAAAUUUCCUCUUCUGGUUUCAGUGCGGACUACUCGGAGAGCUUGCCCUCCCCUUCCACCAGCGGUGCUUCACCGAUGACCCCCACUUUGCCAAUUCAUCGUUUCUCGCCGCUUCCCUCUCCAAAGCCACCCCCAAGAGGGCCCCCGCCUGCCAUCCCCGAAGACCAGAAGCAACACACCCGCCGACGCACCGAUAGCAGUGAGGCUAUCCUACUAGAUGAUGGCGCUGAGUCGAAAGGCAACAACGGUCUUCCUCUCUGGUCUUUCGACUUUGAUUGGAACCGCGAAAGCGCUAAUAUCGCUUCUAUGCACUGA